AUGGACCGCGGCGGUAAGAGCAACAGGGUGGACACGGAAGACCGCGAGAACUUCCUGCACCAUCGCCUUCCGAUACCUCUUCGCGACGAUGACGGGCAUAUCUGGCUGUGGACGGGCUUCGUCUUUCGCGAUUGGCGAGCCACGCUGGAUACCAAGCACGAUUCGACGCAUAAGCUGAGGAACAAGGACAUGCUCGCGAUGAAGCAAAGUCCGGACGGCGCGAUGGAGAAGAGACUCCCGGAAACAUGCUGA